UCAUUUUAUUUGAACCACAGGGCAGGGCCUAUUACAUACCCGCUGGCCCAACUUCUUACAAAAAUAAUCUAAAAGGAGGAUGAUGAUGCAAGUACAACACCGACUACUAGUGCCAGUGCCGCACAUCUCCUCCUCCUCUCAACGACCAAAGCGAUUCUCGCCUCCGCCUCCGGUUUUGGCACGAAUCAAUUGCCUGUACACGGCUAAACCCUCCCACCACUCAAAUUCCAUGGCCGCUCCUAAGUGGGCCCAGAAGACUGUUACUCUUUCCCCUCACCGCCGAGGCUGCCAUCUCAUUACUUCCAAGAUUUUGAAUGAAAUUGGUUCGGAAUUAUCAGAAUUCAAGUGUGGCCUUGCUCAUUUCUUCAUACAGCACACAAGCGCCUCUCUUACCAUCAACGAGAAUUAUGACUCUGAUGUUCGCGAUGACACCGAGACUUUUCUCAAUAACAUUGUCCCUGAGGGCCGAUCUGCACCUUGGAAGCACACCCUCGAAGGUCCAGAUGACAUGCCUGCUCACAUCAAGUCCUCAAUGUUUGGAUGCCAACUCACCAUUCCAAUCACAAAUGGAAAGCUUAAUAUGGGCACCUGGCAGGGAAUAUGGCUGUGCGAACACCGUGACCAUCCUACUCCUCGCAAAGUUGUGGUCACCUUUAAUGGGAUAUGAGCCAUUAAUAUUACUUGCAUCUUCCUGGAAAAAUUAUGUUUAUGAGUUAUGGUUGUUUUCUGAGACUGCAAGAGACUUGGUAAAUUGUAUGAGAUGGGAUUAUUGUUCAUCCGGAGUAUUUUAAGAUUCGAAUGGCAUUUGUUUCAUU